CCGCAACUCCCCCUCUCGAACAAUGAGCCAACCCCAUUGCUUCUCAGUCAAUGGCGAUGGCCCGAGCCCUUGCAUUCUCCGCGAUCCUCCAUUUAUAUGAGUUAUGAUGGCUGCAAGUGACACUAGCUCGGGAUAAAACCCAUGAAAAAUGAUGAUCUGCUGAAAUCCUUGCUCCUGUGAACUCGAGAGUCUUUACUUUAUGAAUGAAGGCUUAUCAAAGUGAUGCCCCCACAUCCGCCUUGAGUUUCAGCCCCGCGAUGAUGCCUACGAGUUUACCGACAAUGAUCUUGAACUCGCCCAAGCCCAAGCGCAGCGCCUCAGAAGAAUCCGAUAGCUAUAGCCAUUCUAUAUCAUCUCCAUCCAGCGUCUCAGCUCCUAGCCUACCAGAAGUUAAGCUUCGCGAGGAAGAAGAGUUAGGGAGAUAUAGUCCUCGAGCCGCCGUUGCUGGUCGGCUAGGGCAACUGGCCAUACGUGGGGACCACUUUCCGACACCGCAAUUUCUGAAUGGUAAUAUAAGCCAGUCAUCACUUGCGCAUUCUGCACAAUCGGGAUGUUGGGCUACUUCCUAUAGCAGUUUUUAUGAUAUGUCCGAGACGAACUCAGCGUCAGAAACCAACACUGUCGCAAGUGGGCCUUCUGAAGCAAUUAUCGAUGAUCAGAGCAAUGCUACGCCAACUACCUCCCCCAAGAAACAGGCAACACAAAGCCCUCGCAAGAGACGAAACCCUCCUAAAACACAACGACCACGUAGGAAGUCACCGCCUCCCACUAGCAGUGCAGCUGACGACUCGCUUACAUGGCAUGACUCCGAGAUCACCGGGCAUGAUCCAAGUGAUCCAAAUGACGAUGGGUACGGUAUCAAUGGAAUAGGCUUCAAACCGACAGCGGCAAUGGCUUGGAACAGAUCACAGAAGCGGCAGAAGCAGGUUGCGGAAUGGAAAAGUCGUGAGGCAAGGGAAGCGCGAGAAAAAAGAAGGGAGAAACGAGAUACUGUCGGUUUCGAAAAGCUACGGGCUAUUCAAUCGGGCGCCAUCCAGAAGAAAGUCAAAUUUGACGUCUAACGUGUGUUCGUCAGCCAAUUUCUCUGACAUUUUCUUUUCUUUCCUUUUGCUUUUUGCCCUUGGUAGUUCAGAUUUUUGGAUUGAAGCAACUUUGGAUGCAAUGGAGUAUGGAAUAUGAAUGAGCUGGCGUUGGUUUGGAUAUUGAUAUGCAAUCACGAAACUAUUCUUCCUUGACAGG